GUGGCGCUACAAACAGUGAAAUUGAAAAUUUAAGGAUUGUCACGUGUGUGUUGAGUGCUGUCGUCUUCUUGAGGUUUUAAUGAUGAUGAACUUUGUAUAUAUUUUGAUUUUUCUCUUCGUUUGCAUUUUGUGUGAAGAUAAGAAAGAAAAACCGAGCUGGACGAAGAAGGACGUGCGUGAUUAUAACGAUGCUGACUUGGAGAGAUUAUUUGAUCAAUGGGAGGAAAAUGACGAUCCACUGGAAGAGGACGAGCUACCGGAAUACAAACGUCAGCCACCCAAGAUAGAUCUGUCCAACAUGGAUCCGAACAAUCCAGAAUCUCUACUCAAGAUGUCAAAAAAGGGACGUACGCAGAUGGUGUUUGUUUCCCUUUUGGGUAAUCCAACUAAGGAAGAAACUGAAGAAAUUACAAAACUUUGGCAAAGCAGUCUCAUGAACAACCAUAUUAAUUUAGAAAGGUACGUGAUCGGCGACGACAGGGUCAUCUUUCUGUUCAAGGACGGAGCGCAGGCUUGGGAUGCAAAAGACUUCCUGAUAGAGCAGAAACAGUUAAAAGAAGUAACCAUUGAAAACAAGCCUUACUAUGGAAAAUACAGUAACAUGGGAGGUGAUAAUGCGAAGACCGAGUUAUGAGAUUAUUUUCUGUUAUAGAUUUUUGUAAAAGAAAUAUAAAAAAUCUUAAAAAUGAUGCUGCAAUAAUUUAUUAUAUGAUAACAUAUGUAUAUAUAGAUUUUGUAGACACAAUUUUCUGUUUGGAAACACAAAUUGCAGUUAAUUUUUUCUACAAAAAAUAUUGUCGGCUAACAAUACCGUCAACUGUCUUCUCACGUAUCGUUUUUAUUUUGUAUAUGCGAUGCCGACAGAUCUCGUGUAAUCUCAAUUUAUCAAAUCUGUACAAAUUUAUAUAUUAAAAUAGGUGGGUGAUGAUUUCUGUCCCCCGCUAUAUUUAUAAAA